AUGGCCAAGAGAACAUUAGGGUUAGCAAAAGCUGCUAAAGCCAAAAAACAAAAGAAAGAACAAGUUCAUCAAGAAAGCUCAGACGAGGAAUCAUCUUCAGAAAACCAAUUGACUAUUGAGUUACCAGAAGAAAUCGAUGCAAAUGAUGAAAUUUCCCAAUUAAAGGGGUUACACAAGACCUACUUGGAAUCAGAAAGAGACAAUGAGCUACUUGUGAACGGUUUAAUUCAUGAAUGUGACAGAUUAUUACGUGAAAACGAUACAGAGAAUAAGCUGCCUCUUCCACCUGUUUUUCAUGCUAUUUACGCAACUGCUUUAGCUGAACUAAGUAAAUUCCAUACUGAAGAAUUGGAUAAAGUCAAGGAAUAUUUUACAGCAGCUUUGGAAAGAGUUGAAUUGGGUUUGCAACAAAACCCCAAUGACAUUACCUUGUUAGUUACCAAAACCAAAAUAUUACUUGAUCAAAUCCUGUUGCAAUACAUUGCCCCAUUAACUUUAGAAUCUGACACAAAAGAAUUGGAUAGGGAAAUCGACGAAUUGUUAGAUGCCACUUUAAGUGUUUACGAAUCUGUGGAAGCUAGAGCCAAGGAAUUGAACGACUAUUCCAUUUUUGAUGAUUUUGAGACUUUGGACAUUUUAGAAGCAUUGGAUGAUAUACUAGACAUUGUCGAUAAUUUUGGUAGAAAAAAUCAAGGUGAUGAUGACUCCGAUGAGAAUGACGACGACGAUGAAGACGAAGAAGAGGAAUCGGUUGAGUUGUCAGAAAACCACCCGUUGUACAAAAUUAAGAAUAGUGACAAAUAUGAUCAAUGGUGGAGAGACCAUACUCACUUGUACUUGGAUAAUUUGGAAAAAUUAGAGAAUGGAUCAUCAGAAUUGAAGAGAGAAGUUUGUCAAAGAUUGGGACAAUCUUAUUUACAAGAGUCUGAAGUGCCAUACCUGGUGUUUACUACAUUGAAAUAUGAUGAUGAGUAUGAUGGAAUUGAAGAAUUGGAAGGGUUGACAGAAAAGCAAGCGCAGGAGAUUUCACAAGAGUUGAUUACCAAAGCAUUAGAUUACUUGAAACGAGCCAAAGAUGAGGAGGACCCAGAAACAUGGGUUGGUAUUGCUGAAGCUAUGAUUUCAUUAGGAAACUUGUAUGAAGUUGAUAGUAAACAACAAGAUGAUUUGUAUGUGGAAGCAGAGAAAAUCUUAAAGAAGGCAAAUAAUGUCACAAAUGGAAAAUUUAAAGAAGAAUUGGACAAUCUUUUAUAUAAAGAAUAG